AUGAGACUGAUCACUCGAGCUGCCUACGCGGCGCUAUUCCUCGCGUCGCUUGCGAUCGCGCACGGAGAUGAUGAAUCAAUGGACAUGGAUAUGAACAUGGGAAUGGGCAUGGAUAUGCAUGCGACUGCCAGUGCAGCUUCUCCGACAGCAUCCGUCUCACAAAAUGCCCAAAGCGAAGGUCCCAUGAGUUACUUCGCCUAUGGCAAGCACUCGAGCACCAUCCUAGCGCAUAUUGCGCUCAUGAUCCUGGGUUGGUGCUUCGUUCUUCCUGCAGCUGUCAUGCUCAGCAUUGGGCGCUCACGACUUGCGCUCCCAUCACAAUUCCUGUUCCUGGUCUUCAAUGCCUUCGGUCUGCUCUUCGGAACUAUCUACAAUAGUCAGACUCCCGAUCUGUAUGAGAACAAUGCCCACCACAAGAUUGGUUGGAUCGUGACGUGGGUCAUCAGCGUGCAGGUCGUUUUGGCCUUGAUCUUCGCGUAUGCCGGUCGUGAUGAGCAUGAAUGUCCCUACCCCACUGGUGCUAUGCACGAGUACCGCUGGUCUCGCGAUAGUGGCCAGGGCACCGAACCCGGCUCCUCUAUCCAUAGCCCUUCCUCGCCGUCCUUCGAGUCGCAAGCCGAGUACGACGGCUUCGAGAAGCCCGAGGAGAUUCCUUUCAAGCCUUCUGGCCCGCGCGGCUGGUUCCACAGCUCUAUCAUUGAUCGGUUCCUCUCAAACCGCGUGCCCGGAAUGGUCUCGAACCGUGCCCUGCGCAUUUCCAACGGAGUGUACAACGUGAUUGACCGGAUCAUUCUUCCCUUUGGAUUCAUCGCUAUUGUCACUGGAGCUGUUACCUACGGUGGUAUCUUCCGAGGCAACCAGAUCUUCAACGGCCUGGCGCAUUUCAUCAAGGGUGGAAUCUUCUUCUGGUAUGGUGUUCUUACCCUCGGACGCUUCAUCGGAGCUUGGGCGGACUUGGGCUGGGGCUGGAACAAAAAGCCCCCGGCGUCUGUCGUCGGCUGGAAGGCCAAGGUUCCUUCGGGCGAGUUCGUGGAGUCGUUUGUCAUCUGGUUGUAUGGUGUCACCAAUGUCUUCCUGGAGCACCUGGCCGGUUGGGGUAAAGAAUGGUCUGCGACUGAUUUGGAGCACGUUUCCAUUUCGAUCAUGUUCUUCGGCGGUGGUCUCGUUGGUAUGCUCUUUGAGUCUCGGCGUAUUCGCGAUGCACUCAACAACACCCUGCUUCGAUCCCCUCCCCAUGGCUCCCGUGAGGACGAAUGGCAACCUCCCAAGUCACAGGGCGUUCCCCUCAACCCGAUGCCGGCUCUUGUCAUCCUGCUUCUGGGUAUGAUGAUGGGAUCGCACCACCAGGACAGUAUGACUUCGACCAUGGUGCACAAGCAGUGGGGUAACAUGUUGGUCGGGUUCGCGAUUGCUCGUGGAAUGACCUACGUCUUGCUGUUCUUGCGCCCGCCAACAUCGUACCUCCCGGCUCGCCCGCCCACUGAGAUUGUGGCUGGAUUUUGUCUCAUGUCUGGUGGGCUCAUCUUCAUGCUGAGUACCCGCCAAGUUAUCGAAGCUAUGGAGUUCUACGACUUGGACGCCAUGUUCACCUUCACUGUCGGCAUGGGCUUCACAGCUUUCAUCAUGUCCCUGGUCAUCUUGAACAUCGCGAUCAAGGCGUGGGCGGUGAAGCGCGAGCAGCGCCCGCAGCUAAAUGGAGGCUUCCGCUUCCCAUGA